UGCACGUGUGAGUUCGAAAAUAUACUAAAAGUAGACAGCUGCUUACACGACUCCGGUUUUUCGUUGAAGCACAUAUUCCAUAGUGAAAAAACCAUGGAAAAACGCGUAGAACCUGUGAUAAAUGACAGCACCGAGUCCGAAUUAAUGGGAGUCAUCGCAGCUGUAUUUGCGGUGAUCAUAACCAUAGUUAUCUUUGCUUUAUGGAGACGUAGAGUAUCUGUUGGUCAUAAUGUUCUUCUUACGGGCCUUUGCGAUGCUGGUAAAACACUCAUCUACGCCCGACUGAUGCACACCAAAUAUGUGCAAACUCAUACUUCUGUAAAAGAAAACAUUGGCGAAGCUCCAGAAUACAACAGUUCUGUCAAAGUGGUUGAUAUUCCUGGACAUGAACGACUGAGAUACAAGUAUUUCGAUAAAUAUAAGAAUUCAGCAAAGGGUUUAGUGUAUAUUAUUGAUUCUGCCAAUAUUCAGAAAGACAUAAGAGAUGUUGCAGAGUUCCUAUAUAACUUGCUGUCAGAUUCUGGAAUGAAUAAAAACAUUCCUGUUCUAAUUCUUUGCAAUAAGCAAGAUCAAACUUUAGCUAAAAGUAGUACAGUAAUAAAGAUUCUUCUUGAAAAAGAAAUGAAUCUUUUGAGAAUGACUAAGACUAGUCAGUUAGAAGCAACGGAUGCAUCCUCAUCAAAUACUUAUUUAGGAAAAGCUGGAAAAGACUUUGCCUUUUCACAACUCGACCGAAAACUUGACUUUGCAGAAUGUAGUGCUUUUAUCAAAGAUGCUGAUACACCAGCUGACAUAGAACCAUUAACCUCGUGGCUGACAAAGUUGGUUUAGCGUUCUGUCUGUGAUCAAUUGUAAUUUAUUUUUGAGAGAAUGGUUUUUUAUUAUUUGUUUGAUAAAAAAAAGUGAUUCAUUUUGUAUUAAUGAGUUUAAGAAUGGUGUUGCAUAAGUCAAUAUGAUUAGAUUUUUAUAAAAUCAUGAAAAUAUAUCACAUUAAUUAGCUCAUCAAAUUAUAGAUCAACUAAUUUGAGCAAAGAAAAGUGUCAUUUUUAUUCAUCUUCCUCCC